CCCUGAUGGCUUACAUUUCUGUGGGGUCUCAGCCAUCCCCAAUUUUGGAAUUCUUGGAAGAGUGGAGUAUGGAAAACCUGGAAGAAAUAUCUCCAGCAGCAAUCGCAGAUGCUACCAAGAUUUUUGUUAAUGGCUGCUGGGUAGGAAUACACAAAGAUCCAGAGCAGCUUAUGAAUACCCUAAGGAAGCUCCGUCGUCAGAUGGAUAUAAUUGUGUCAGAGGUACAACUUCAAGACUUGGGGGUCUUUGGAGAUGAGGGAGGGCAGUAUAUUGGGACUGCUUUGAAGACUCUAAAUAGCAUUGUUUGCACGUGUUUCUUUUUUGGUUCAUUUGUUAAGA